CCCACUCGCUGAACUGUGUUUUGCUCUUGAUGUCGCUUUUUGACAGAAAUUUUUUUAAAGCUCUUUUUGAUUCCAACGCUAAAUUUGUUAAAUUUUACUUUUAGCAGAAAUACUUUUAAACUAAGAUGAUGGACCCAACGGAACAGAAGAUUAAAGUGCAGAGAAAAUUGGAGCAGGAAUUGAUCAACUUGAAAACUCUCAAAGAAAAGGUCAACAACAGCAAUAAGAUCACAAAUGGGAUGGUCAACAUUCUGUCCUCUUUUGAGGAUCGACUGGCAAGAUUGGAAGAGACAAUUUUGCCUGUUUACAAUGAAACGGGAAAUUUGCAGCGCCAACAAGAAAAUAUUGAAAAGACUUUGGUCAUUUUAGACAGCGUGAUCAGCUAUUACAGCGUGAGCCAAGAAGUGGAGGCUGUGAUUCGCGAUGGUCCUCGGUCCGCCAACGACGGCGAUUUCAAACUUGAGCCAUUUUUGGCAGCAAUGUCUCGACUUCUGUCCGCCCAAGAUUAUUUUCAGAAGAACAACCCUCAAAGUGUGGAACUGCAAAAUGUUACUGAUUUAUUUUCUACUGGUGGUGAUGCCUUGAAUAGAGAAUUCAAAGAACUUUUGCAGAAACAUAGCAAACCUGUUCCUCCAAUUGUACUAUUAGAUCUUGUAGGGACUGGCGAAGACGGAUCUUUAGAUGAUGUGCCUUUGACCUCCCUCAAUCAACUUCCUGAUGAAGUAACCUCUGAGCUGAUUCGCAUUGCCGAUUGGCUUUUCGUCAACAAUAAAGACGAGUUCAUGCCAGUUUAUGCAGAAAUCAGAGCAAAGGUCAUUCUCAGGUCACUUCAACUGUUGAAGGAGCAGCAGAGAUCAUCAAGCGGAGGAAGCUUGCAGUCUUAUUCACCUCUUCCGAGGCCGAAAUUCCAAAACCGAACGGCCGAUACACCAGGACGGAGGGCAUCAAGGCGUCUGCAGCAGGCAUUGGAAAAAAAAGCAAGCAAAAUGUUUCAGAAGGCCUCUCAGACACUAGAGCAGUCGACGGGACUCUCACUCGGACCUCGGCGAUCAGGAAUAAAUCUUGAGGUGAGAGAGGAUGUGGUGGACGAGCAAGAGAUGGAAAACUACUUGGUCUGUGUGAUGGCCCUUCAAAAGCUUCUGCUUAGCGAAAGGUCGCUCAUGUCCGGCAUAAUUCCUUUGGCUCACCAUCCCAGGGUCUUCGAGACCAUCAUGCAAGACGCCAUGGACAUGGUUGUUCAAGAUGGUGAGAAUAUUGCCACCAGGGCCAAGAGAUGCAUCAGCCGCAAAGACUUUGGAGCCGUCAUGGUCGUUUACCCCAUAUUGAAAAAUCUGCUCAACAUGAGACCUGAAUUCGAGAAAACCUUCGAAGGGUGUGAUUUGAAUGUGCGUUCAAAGUUCACUACCAUCCUUAACACCCUUCACGCUACUGGAGCCAAAGCGUUGGAAGAGUUUACUGAAAAUGUCCACGGAGAUUCAAGUUCUCAGCUGCCGAGCGACGGCACCGUGCAUGAGUUGACUAGCAAUGUCCUGAUGUUCCUGGAACAGCUGACAGACUACACGGACACAAUUGGUGGCAUUUUGGAGAAGGAAACUGCCUACAGUCACGCUCUUGCAACUGCGCCUGGUCGAGCUGAUAAAAACCGAACCCUGCUUGGAAUUUAUAUUAAAAAAGUCCUUGCGCAGCUCAAUCACACUCUGGUGAGCAAAAGUGAAGCUUACUCUGAUCCAGGUCUUCGCUCUAUUUUCCGGCUCAACAACAGCCAGUACGUUCUUAGCGCCCUGCACAGGUCAGGUCUGCUCGAGCUGGUCAGAAAUUCUGUGCCUGAUUUCGAAAACAACUAUCAUGACAUGAUCAGUGACUACAAAGCCGCCUACGCCAAUAGCUGGUCGAGAGUUGUAAAUCACAUUUCGAUUGGAGAAGAAGCCAUGGCGGUCCAGAUGGGCGGGAAAAUGCGAGACAAAGACCGGAACAUCGUUAAAGAAAAAUUUGCUGGUUUCAACAAGGACAUGGAGGAAAUGUCCAAGCAGCAGAGGAGCUUCUCCAUUCCAGACGAUGAUCUCAGACAAGUUCUGAUUGCAGAUAAUGUUGAGUUGAUUGUCCCCAAAUACAAAAUGUUUUACAACAAGUACAGCCAUCUGCCUUUCACCAAAAACAAAGAGAAGUACAUCAAAUACACUCCUCAGCAGGUGCAGGACAUGAUAGAGCGAUUCUUUGAUCUUGCCGCAUAAUGAAAAGUGAUAAUUAUUCAAAGACAUUUCCACUUAAGAAUUUAUAUUUAUUUAAACACGGAUACACAUCAAGUUGAUCGUUUUCUUCAAGUGAUAAUGGCUCUACGUACAUUGAUAGUUUUUAAGUAACUACUUUUCUCUCUACAGUUAUUGUUUCGAUAUCAUAAUAAUUUAGUGCUAACAUCAAUAAAAAUAAAAAAGCAGUCACAUUCAUAAAAUCUUGGUUUACAAAAGUUAAAAAUAAAAGUAAAUCAAAUAGCUCAUAUCUUCCAGUGAUGAGUGAAUAAAUAGGUGAUGGGAAAUAAACUGAUUUAAGAAAACAACUGGCCUUAUUUUGUUGUGAUACUUAAAUCAUCCGGCAUGGCAGUAUUCUAGCAAUUCUGAGUGUUUUAGAGAGAACUUUAAAAACUAUUACAUUAUGUACUGGGAUCACAUUCAGAAUCGCUGCUAGUGUGUAUAUAAGUAAGAAAAAUAUUUACACAUUUAAGUAGAGUGCAGUAAUAAAUAUAUAUCAAACGAAUGCAAAAUAUAUGACACAAAGAGCACAUCCACAUAGUACAUAAUAUAGUUUUUACCAUGUCCAUCGAGAAUCAAAAUUCCGGAUUUUGGACAUUUUAAGUACAUGAUGCAUUGUCACUGAGCAAUCCACGUAAAAUUCUCACGUAAACAUUGAUAUGGAAAAAGACAAGUAGUGUACAUAAAUAAAAAAAGUCUCCAUUUUACAGCAUGCAUCGACCUACGUGAAGAAUCCUUUUACCAAUUUUAGUUGGUUUUAUAGCAAUUAUCGAGAAGUUCACACCUUUCAUCGGAUAAUCAGGUCACAAUUAGCACUUGAGAAGUUUUUUUUUAUCAAAUACCGCGUAAAACCUAU